AGGAGAAGGUGGCAUUCAAUGUUAUUUGAGUCGGGUCAUCAGGCCCCAGAGAUUCCAGAGUGCACAAUGCAGAAGACUGCCUACUAUGAGAACACGGGCCUCUUUGGAGGUUAUGGCUACAGCAAGGCUGCUGACACUUAUGGCUAUGGGUCUACUCAUCAACCUUACCCACCCCCUGCUGCCCCUGCAGCCCUGGAUGCUGAUUAUACAGGUUCUGCUUGUUCUAUCCAGAGCUCGGCACCAAUCCGUGCCCCCACCCACAAAGGUGGGGAGCUCAAUGGUAGCUGCAUGCGUCCAGGUGGUGGGAGUGGCCAGGCUGGUGGGGGUGGCAGUCAACCCCCUGGCUUGAAUACAGAUCAGCAGCCACCCCCACCUCCACCCCCACCCCCUACACUGCCCCCGUCCUCACCUACAAAUCCUAGUGGUGCUACCCCAGCUAAGAAGGCCAAGGGUGGCCCCAAUGCCUCCGGCUCUUCCUCUGCUACUAUCAGCAAACAGAUCUUCCCCUGGAUGAAGGAAUCCCGGCAGAAUUCCAAGCAGAAGAGCAAUUGUGCCACUUCAGGUGAGAGCUGUGAGGACAAGAGCCCACCAGGUCCGGCGUCCAAACGGGUCCGUACAGCUUACACAAGUGCGCAGCUGGUGGAGUUAGAGAAGGAAUUUCAUUUCAACCGUUACCUGUGCCGUCCACGCCGGGUGGAGAUGGCCAACCUGCUCAACCUCACCGAGCGCCAGAUCAAGAUCUGGUUCCAGAACAGACGGAUGAAGUACAAGAAGGACCAGAAGGCCAAGGGCAUCAUGCACUCGCCUGUGGGUCAGUCUCCAGAGCGCAGCCCUCCACUGAGCGGGGCUAACCACGUGGGCUAUUCAGGCCAGCUCCCCCCAGUGCCGGGGCUGGGCUACGAUGCUCCCUCACCCCCUUCUUUCGCCAAGUCCCAGCAGAACAUGUACGGCCUAGCCGCCUACACGGCGCCGCUCAGCAGUUGCCUCCCACAACAGAAGCGAUACCCAGGCCCUGAGUACGAGCACCACCCCAUGCAGAGCAACGGGAGUUUUGCCAACGCCAACCUGCAGGGCAGCCCGGUCUACGUCGGUGGGAACUUUGUCGAUUCCAUGCCGGCCUCGGGUCCAGUCUUCAACCUGGGCCACCUCUCCCACCCCUCGUCGGCCAGCGUGGACUACAGCUGCGCCGCCCAGAUCCCGGGCAACCACCAUCACGGACCGUGUGACCCCCACCCCACCUACACAGAUCUCACGUCUCACCAUACAUCUCAGGGAAGGAUUCAAGAAGCCCCCAAACUGACACAUCUGUAGUGGGCUCUGGUCCUGUAGGAGGGCGCUGCAGCGACGGACUCACUUUUGAAUUACCUCACUUUGGUUUGGGUUUGUUAUUUUCUUUUAAAAACAUUUUGUUUGUUUGUUUGUGUGCCUGUUUUACCCUUUUCCUUUCCUCUCCACUCCCUUGACGUUCCCUGGUCCCUAUAACUCAAAGGGCCCACAGUCUAGCAGUGGAGGGGUCUCCCUUCUCCUAACCGCUCCUCCUUUGGGGUAACUCUCCAUAAAUCAACUAAAAGGAUCUUCUGUGAGCAUGACAGUGCAAUAUACUGCAAACCAAGGGACUAAUAAUCUGGUAAUGAUGUACUGGAAGGUAAGUCUUAGAUCAAUUAGAGUUAGCACGUCAUGCAGAGGGGAUGUAGACCAAGUGUGAGCGAUGGGAUCUUUCUUGCCUGCAUCGAAGCUUAUUUCCAGAGACGUUAAUUUAUAUGAUUCCUCAAUAAUGUAAGGAUUGCAUAGGACUAAAUGAUAUGUAUUUAUUAUUUUAAGCGAGUCAUUUUGUAUCACGGAUUAUUUAUCCUCGUCUUAAUGUAUUUAUGUGUAUAUUUGUAGAGUUUAUUCAGCGUAUCUUCGGGAGAUCGAUUCAGGUCCGCGGUGGCUACGUUUCACCUAUUUAGUCUACUUGGUCUGAACCUAGUUGAGAGAGUAGUUUUGAACAGUUGUAACAGUGGCUGGUGUUUGUAGUUUAUGUGAGGAUUAAUUAAGACCGCAAAUUGUAAUUCAUGAAUAGAGUGGCACAGAACAUUUCGAAAAGGCGGUUUUGCAUUUUCUGAACAAACAGCACACACCACACAAGGUUUAUUAAUUUCAAGUUGUCUGGUACCAUUUGAAAAAUACUUAGAAUAAAAAAAAAAGUACGUUUCUCAGUUAGAAGUGUAUCUGUUUUGAUAAUGCAUCCUUGCGAGCAGAUCACGCUGCCAUUUUCUUGCUGAAAAAAAAAAAAAAAAAAAAAAAAA